AUGAAAGUGUGCAUCCUUGGUGACCAGCAGCACAUUGAUGAAGCCAAGGCAGCUAAUAUCCCGUGCAUGGAUGUUGAAGACUUGAAGAAGCUUAACAAAGAUAAAAAAUUGAUCAAGAAGUUGGCUAAGAGAUACCACACUUUCCUUGCGAGCGAGUCGGUUAUCCGUCAGAUUCCGAGAAUUCUUGGACCUGGUUUGAGCAAAGCGGGCAAAUUUCCCGCUGUUCUCACGCACAACGACUCACUUGUUCAACGCGUCGAUGAGGCCAAGGCGACAAUUAAAUUCCAAAUGAAGAAGGUUUUGACCCUCAACGUUGCCGUUGGUCAUGUGCAGAUGAAGCCCGAAGAAUUGGCCCAGAACGUCAACUUGGCUAUCAACUUCUUAGUCUCUCUUUUGAAGAAGAAUUGGCAAAACGUUCGGUCGUUGUAUGUGAAGAGCACCAUGGGCAAACCCCACCGAUUGUAUUAA